UCUACUUCCGAGACCUCAGAUUUGGUUUCGAGUUUCUUUUGAGACUUAUUACUGUUGCUAUGGUGACCAACUUAUCGAAAUGUUAAAAAGAUCUUUAGAACACUAAACGACGUGGUUGAAGAGCCUUCACCUAUCUGACCCCAAACGACGACAAAACGCGCGCGCGCGCGCGCACACACACACACACAUCGCUGACGUUGCCAAUCCAGAACUAUAUGCUAGGCCCACCACUACCAAUAUUGCUGUCACUACUUGAAGAGUGUUAACCAAAGUGAUCCCGAACAACAAUACACACUCACACACACACACACACACACACACACACACACACACACACACACGCGCACAAACACACACACACACACGCGCGCGCACAAACACACACACACAUUCACACGCGCGUGCAUACAGACACAUACGCACACUGCCGUUACCAAUCCAGAACAAUAUUACCAGGCCCACCACUACCGACACUGUUACCUCUGGUAGUAGAAGCUUCAUCUUUCACGCCACUCCAGGCAAAAAGAUCAUCUCACUCUCUCUCUGUCACCCUCUCUCGCACUCUGUCUGUCUGUCUCUCUCUCUCUCUCUCUCUCUCUCUCUCUCACACACACACACACAUUGCCAUUGCUCUCCAGAACUAUAACACCUGAACCACUGCCGCCACAACAAUUUCCAAACGAAACCAAUUGUCAGGAUUGAACCAACAAACUCCAGGACACAAUUAAAGCGUACUCAAUUCGGUGUCUCAGUUUUGAGGAAAACAUUUUGGAGAUCAUUUGAAUUUCUGCUGUUGUUGCUGGUGGUAUUGCUGCUACUGUUGCUGUUGUUGCUGCUACUACUGAGAAAGACUCUCAUAUGAGGCGUUUCUCAUCCUAUAAUUCUUUCUCUAACUCGGGAAUCAAAGAAAAAUAUCCACAUUAAAAAAAAAACUUGUUAUUUACGAAAGCCAACAUUCUAUGGUGUUGAUAUAAUCUCUGUGUAACAAUUAGAUAUUCCCCAAUGAAGAAUUUUUCCAGAUUCGUUUAAACGCAAGAAUUUCUAAAUCCGAUGGUGUUACUCCGUUGUAAGAUUUGGUUUUAUUCGAAGACAAGAUACAAGCAAGGAUCGACCUAGCACCGAUCAGAGAUGCCAGCUGCCAACUCUGUUACCCCCUCCAAAUCCCGGGGUAAUAAGAAAGACAAACCUCCACCAGCCACGGGUCCCGGGAGUAAGAUUGUGUCCUUGUCCAACAGCCUGAAGAAACAUAUCCAGAUUAUAAACAGCAAUAAAGUCCACAUUCUGUAUGACACAUUUAAUGUGAAAUCUCUUCCUGUUGAGAUAUUCACCAACGAGGAAAUCGCUGAGAAAACUGUCCAACUUCGUAUUGGCAACAACAGGCUUAAACGUCUGCCUCAGACAAUCGCCAAUCUAAAAAUUCUGACUUAUCUUGACAUUAAGAAUAACAACUUAAACAAAUUCACCAACAGUAUUUCGGAGAUGAAGAAUUUAGCAGAGCUUGAUCUGACCAACAAUAAUCUAAGGAAACUCCCUUCUUCCAUACACAAAGCUUCUUCUCUUUCUGUGCUCCAUCUAAAGAACAAUAAAGUGUCUAAACUUCCAAACAAAUUCGGUAAAUGCCCGGCGCUUUCUCAUUUAGAUCUUUCGUACAAUUUGAUUAAAACCUUUAAAAAGAAUGUCUACGAACUCAAUGCUGCCAUAGAUAUGUCUUUUAACCGUCUGAAAAGCCUUCCAGCUGUCACUGUCAAAAAGUCGAGUGUAAAAGUGUUUAAUCUGUCCCACAACAUGAUUGAAAAACUACCCGAGAGUAUCCACAAGCUAACGCGACUUACUCGACUGAAUUUGACGCAGAACCAACUCAAAGUGAUUCCUGCCGAAAUUGGUCAGUUACGUUACCUGGAAUAUUUAAAUAUUUCUCAUAAUCAACUGAAUUCUGUGCCUGAGGAACUCUGUAACAUAGCUACAGCUCUCCAAGAACUGGAUCUCUCACACAACCAGAUCACCUCAUUUCCAGAUCGUGUAGAAAAUUUUUGCAAUCUGAAACUUUUGAAUUUAUCGUUUAACCAAAUCGAGUACAUUCCGACAGGAGUUAAAUUCCUGACUUGUUGCGAGGAUAUAAAUGUUUCUCACAACCAUUUGACUUCCAUGAAGUUUGCCGUAAGUCUUUCAGAACUGAGUGAUCUUGAUGUUUCCUACAACAAUAUCGAGGUUAUUCCUGACGAUAUAGAACAGAUGAAAUCUCUACGGAACUUAAAUGUUUCGUUUAACUGUAUCAAAGAAAUCCCAGAAAGUAUUAGUCGCCUUCCAUCUUUAAAACAUUUCAAUAUAUCUGGUAAUUGUAUCAAUUCUUUGCCGAAAUCACUUGGAGAAAAUCAAAUGCUGAGAUCUUUGGAUAUUUCCCAAAAUCUCAUUUCUACUUUACCUGCAGAUCUCUAUACGUUAAGAAAUCUCGAGUUGUUCCAUUUUUCCAACAACAAUAUCAGUGAAAUACCUCAGUCUAUAAAACAUCUCUAUCAACUCCAGUCACUGGAUGUCUCGCAGAAUAACCUUCCAGGUGUCUUUCUUCCUAAAACCGUCUGUAAACUGUAUCUGUCCGAAAAUCCUUUACGAACAAACUACGACGAUACGAAGUCGACUUUAUAUUUAAUUGGACAAAAGGAUCAUGCGAGUCACUUAACAGCUUUGGAAUUGGUAAACCUCAACUUAGAUGCCAUCCCUCCGGCUGUCUUUCAGCUUCGUCUUCUGACUCAUUUAAAUAUUUCCAAAAAUGACAUCAAAGAUCUUCCAGACAAAUUCCAUAAGCUUCGUGUUUUGACUUCCUUGGACAUAAGUGACAAUCAGCUCCCUGGCCUUCCACCUUCGUUUAAAUAUUUAGGACAUUUAGAGAAGCUGAAUGCCAGCAAAAAUAACUUGAAGCGAUUUCUACCGGAAUUAACGACACUAAUUCACUUACAGGAAUUAAACAUGUCCACAAACCACAUCACAGAAUUGCCAAAUCAUUUCGGAAGUCUAAACAAACUUCUGAAACUGGAUCUUUCAAAUAAUCAGUUACAACAAUUCCCACGUGAUCGUAUUGAUGUUUUCGCGUCGUUGAUUUCUUUGGAUUUGUCCAACAACCGAAUCACCUUUAUUCCAAUUCAGUUCACUUACCUUUACAGGAUUAAACUUCUGAUUCUUGCAACGAACAACGUUGAAAUUCUUCCAACUAAAAUCAACAAAAUGGCUUCAUUGGAAGAGUUGGAUGUCUCUGACAAUCUGCUUACAGAACUCCCAGAAAAUCUUGGUAAACUGCCAAGCAUUAAAAAGAUUAAGGUAAACGACAAUAAAAUUACGGCGGGUUUCCCAAAGAAUUUUGAGCAUCUUCGCAAGAAUGUCGACGUAGUGUUUGAAAACCAAUCGUUCUACAAGACACGCUCGGGCACCACCCCUGCUGCGAAGCCUUCAGUUUUAGAUCAGUUAUCGAUUCCAGAGAAACAAGAUAGAGAUUCCCAAUCAAUAACACCUGAAAGGUAACCACGGUGGUUACUUUUCAGUGAUUGGCUGCAGUCCGAUUACUAAAAGAAGUAGAAGGUAACAACCUCAGCAGCGAUAUUGAAACUUAAUAUUUUAAUCCAUUCUAAGGCGGCGAGCUGGCAGAAUCGUUAGCGUACUGGAGAAAAAUUCUUUGCGGCAUUUCGUCCGUCUUUACGUCCUGAGUUCAAGUUCCGUCGCAGUUGACUUU